GAGAGAGAGGGAGGGAGAGUGAGGGAGUGAGGGUAAGGGAAGGGGGAGCUGGAAAGUGAUGAACCAUGGCAUCAGUGAGAGUGGCGGUCAGAGUGAGACCCAUGAACCUCAGAGAAAAGGACUUGGAUGCCAAGUUCAUCAUCCAUAUGGAAGGAAACAAGACGACAAUCACAAACUUGAAGAUGCCCGAGGGCAGUUCAGGGGAUUCUGGCCGCGAAAGGUUAAAGACAUUUACAUACGAUUAUUCUUACUAUUCUGCUGAUUGUAAGAAACCCGACUUUGUAUCUCAGGAAAAGGUUUUCAAGGAUCUUGGCAAUGACGUACUUAAAGCUGCGUUUGAAGGUUACAAUGCAUGCAUAUUUGCUUAUGGCCAAACAGGAUCUGGCAAAUCGUAUACAAUGAUGGGAAAUCCGGGGGACACAGGCCUGAUACCUCGAAUUUGUGAAGGGUUGUAUGCCAAAAUAGCUGGGAGAUCCAGAUGGAAUGAAGCUUCAUUUCGCACAGAAGUUAGCUAUCUGGAAAUUUAUAAUGAACGAGUAAGGGAUCUACUCAGGAGAAAGUCAUCCAAAACUUACAAUUUAAGAGUAAGAGAACAUCCAAAAGAUGGUCCAUAUGUAGAGGAUUUGUCAAAGCACCUGGUCCAGAAUUAUAGUGAUGUAGAAGAACUAAUGGAAGCUGGAAACAUCAAUCGAACCACUGCAGCCACAGGCAUGAAUGAUGUUAGUAGUCGUUCCCAUGCCAUUUUCACCAUCAACUUCACUCAGGCCAAAUUUGAUGCUGAAAUGCCCUGUGAAACGGUUAGCAAGAUCCACUUGGUAGAUCUUGCAGGAAGUGAAAGAGCAGAUGCCACAGGUGCUACUGGAGUAAGAUUGAAAGAAGGAGGGAAUAUAAAUAAAUCUCUCGUCACUCUGGGAAAUGUCAUUUCUGCCUUAGCCGACUUGUCUCAGGAUGGGGUGAGCUCUCAAGCAAAGAAGAAACAAGUGUUUGUGCCUUACAGAGACUCUGUUUUGACCUGGCUGUUGAAAGACAGCCUUGGUGGGAACUCAAAAACGAUUAUGAUUGCCACCAUUUCACCUGCAGAUGUCAAUUAUGGAGAAACGUUGAGUACACUUCGCUAUGCAAAUAGAGCCAAAAACAUAAUUAACAAGCCUACCAUUAAUGAAGAUACUAAUGUCAAACUCAUUCGUGAACUCCGUGCUGAAAUAGCUCGACUGAAGGCAUUACUUGCUCAGGGGAAUAAGAUUGCGUUGUUAGAUUCUCCAACAGCUUUAAGUAUGGAGGAGAAGCUGCAACAGAAUGAAGCUAGAGUAGAAGAACUGACCAAAGAAUGGACUAACAAAUGGAAUGAAACACAGAAUAUCCUUAAGGAAGAAACCUUAGCACUUCGAAAGGAAGGAAUUGGUGUGGUUUUGGACUCUGAAUUACCUCAUUUAAUUGGCAUUGAUGAUGACUUGCUUAGUACAGGGAUUAUUUUAUACCAUCUCAAGGAGGGAAAAACAUAUGUGGGUCGAGAUGACGCAACAACUGAGCAAGACAUUGUUCUACAUGGUCUUGACCUAGAAAGUGAUCACUGCAUCUUUGAAAACUUAAACAAUACAGUGAUGCUAAUUCCAUUGAAUGAUGCACAGUGUUCUGUAAAUGGAAUUCAAAUUAAGGAGGCCAGCCACCUAAACCAAGGUGCUGUCAUUCUGCUGGGAAGAACAAACAUGUUCAGGUUUAACCAUCCUAAAGAGGCUGCUAAACUCAGGGAAAAAAGGAAGAGUGGGCUGCUGUCUACCUUUAGUUUAUCUAUGACUGACCUUUCUAAAUCCUGUGAAAAUCUUUCAGCAAUUAUGCUUUACAACCCAGGACUUGAAUUUGAAAGGCAACAGCGAGAAGAACUAGAAAAGCUGGAAAAUAAAAGGAGAUUAAUAGCAGAAAUGGAGGAGAAACAGCAAUCAGAAAAGAUGGAACUGGAACGGAUGCAGCAGGAGGUUGAGUCCCAACGCAAAGAGACUGAAAUUGUGAAACUUCGUAUCAGGAAACAAGAAGAAAGUCUGAAGCGAAGAAACCUGGAUAUUGAAGGUAGGCUAAAUGACCUGAGAGCAGAGAAGGAAAAAUUCGAGGAAGAGCGGCAAAGAGAACAACAGGAAAUUGAACUACAGAAAAAAAAGCAAGAGGAAGAAAUUCAUAGCCGGGUUCAAAAAGAAUUGCAAAAGCUUCAGGAACUUCACGAGCAGGAGAAGGCAAGGAAACUAGAGAUCCUCCGAGAACUGGAGAAGCUCAAAAAAGAAAAAGAUGAACACAGCAUGAAGCUGGAGCUGGAAAAGAGGAGGCUUGAGGAACAAGCAAAGGAUCAACAGAAUCUUGUGGCACGACUGGGGGAGCAGCUUCGAGAAAAGGUAGAAAUGAUCCAACUGCUCAAACAAGAUGAUGUGCACAUGAUAGAAGAUGAGAAAAAUGUCCUUGAGGAAAUAAGAGAAGUUCUUCUCAAAGCCAAGGAAGCUAGACCUGACGGAGAUGAAGACCAUGAAGAUGUCCAGAGAGCAAAACAGAAAUAUAUGGAUCUGAAAAGAAGACAGUUGGAAGAGUUGGAAGCAACAGAAGAAAAAGCAAUCCAUCAAAAAGAUUUUCUUGAAAGGGAAAUAUUUAUCGAGCAUGAAGUUCUGGACCAGCUAAGACAUACACAGGAGGAACCCAUGAAUACUAUGAAGGAGGAUGCUGAAAACAGAGCUUUAGAUUCCAUGGAGCUGCAUGAAGCAGCAGAGAGAGUGAAACUGGUUGAGCAAAGGUUGCAGAACAAAGAACGGCAACUGCUCUUCUUGACCAAGAAUCAUUUACCCAGCGUGUCAGAAGAAAAACAAAGAACUGCAGAUGUCCUUGUCCGAGGCCUACCUGCUUUGGAUGUUGCACUUUAUCAAACCGAAAAAGAAAUUGAAGAAAAGGGGGAGCAAUUAGCGCAAUACAGAGCCAGCUCUGAUCAACUUCAGCAGCUCCAACAGACUUACGAAUUUACUGCUAAUGUAGCUCGGCAAGAAGAAAAAGUUAGAAUGAUCGAGAAAGAGAUUAUUGAAUCACGAGAAAAACAACAGAGAGAGGCGUUGGAGCAAGCUGUUGCCAAGAUAGAAAAGCGGCAUUCUGCUCUUCAGCGUCACUCCGUCGUUGACCUAGAGAUUGAAGAACAGAAACGAAAACUGGCAACUUUAAACAUCUGUGAAGAAGCAGAUCUUCGGGACAGCCUAGAGACAGAACAGAAAGCUCUAGAGCAAGACCGAGAAAGGCUAGAGCAAGAAAUUCAACAGCUGAAGCAGAAGAUUUGUGAAAAUGAUGUGGCACUGAGGGAGUGUGGAACUGCUGAAGAGAAAUCAUCGUACACUAGCAGCCCUGCUAGCCCUAAAAGAUCACCAUCAAUAAUGGGCCCAAUAGCUGAUGAACGGCUAAAUGCAUAUAUCGAAGAGGAAGUUCAGCGACGACUAGCAGAAAAGGAGAAAAUACAGACAAAAUAUGAAACGCAUAGUACAAAUGAUGCAUUUGACUUAUCCUCUUCAAUGGACAUAUCGCAGGAAAAUGGAAGUCUUCACAACGGCCAGAUCCAGCGAAAACUGAAAUAUGAGAAAAAGCAAAGUCCUGUGCCUUGGCAUAGCUUCCCAACCAUUCCUAACGUAGGUGCUUACUGUUGUGUGAAUGAACCCGAGAUAAGACACUGGCAAAUGCGUUGCAUAAAUCUUAAAGGAAAUUCUGGUGUUUGGCCUUGUGAUGGUGGAAAUGCUAAACCUGUGUAUGCUGAACCAGUACUACUAGAAUUAAAAGACCAAGUUGCACAGCAAACAAAUGUAUUUUCUGCUGACUGCACUGCGCCUAAUGUGCCGGCGAAAACUGAACAGAUUUCAAGAAUGAAAACAUGGCAGAGAAAUGCUGUUUGCAAUCCAUAUAUGGGAAAGAGUUGUGCGAGAUAUCAGUGUAGAAUUCAAAGCAUUGAUAAUGAUGAUGUCCAAUUAAGGAUAAAGAAACAUGCAUAUGGCAAACAGAUUCAGAAAAACAUGGAAUGGGGAUGCAACUGCUCCUGGGUUGAGACUUCUAAGGCUGUUCUGGGUUUUUCACAGAUGCAUUUAGAUGAGACUUGUAGUGCUUUCCAUGACAUCCAGCAAAUGGGAUUUAAAACUGUGCAUGGCUUAGGAAAGAACAAUGUGUUAUCAGAAAUCCUUACACAGAAGUGCUGCUGUCCUCCCAACGUAUCUUGCAAGAGUCUUGUCGGACAUCCAUCAGAUUCCUAUCUGUGUGUGAGAAGCUUCGAUAAAGCCAGAAGAAGCACCCCAGAUAUUGAAUCUUCAAACAUCAGACAAGAACAGAGCUAUGGGCCAACUUACUUUUUCAGUAAACUGGCUCGUCCAUAUAAAGAUGCAUGCCACGAACUGCAGAACUAUCAGAAGGUCAUCAAGCAGGUUAGGGCAUUAAAGUAUCUGUUUGAGAAACGCCACUGGUAUGCACAAAUGUCAUCGUUAAUAAAAGACCUUUCAUUUGUGAAGAAAAUACAGCUGGAGGUAACCUUGAGUCCAAAUUUGCAGCAACCACAGCAAUGUUUUUCAGACACGUCUAAGCUCAGUAUUUAUGAUUUGAGUCAGCCCUGGAGCAUUAAAUCAUCUGGCAGCAAUGUUAGUGAAGAAAAUGUACUGAAGUUCCCAGUAAUGAAACAGCCAUUAGGUUCUCCUGAAGGUUCAGUUGGCAUGAAUGAAGAAAAUUUUGAAGACGUUCAUGUGUUAAGACAAAGAUUAGUACAGUUCCCAGAUGAUCUCUGCCUGCUUCAAGCUGACCCCAUACAAAAAAUUCUGGAGAUGCUACAGUUUAGCUUACCACAGGCUGGUAUUGGAAAUGCACGUCUGAUAGGAAUAUACUGGUUAGCUGCAGCUAAUUGCUUAAUGCCAGAUCCACAGCCUGCUUCCAUCUUCUUGUUUGACUCAGCUCUAUAUGUUGUAGUGUCAGCUACGAAUUGCCAGCAAGGAAACAACGGUCGCUCUCUGGCAAUUUUCCAUAUUCUUCAUCUUGAAACUAUUAAAGAAGUUCAGGUUAACUUUUGUGGUCAGGGACUUCGGCUCCUUGGCACCACUGAGGAAAGUAUCUUAACAAUUGUUACAUUCAACAAAUACCUUACGCAACAGAUUUGUUGUGACCUUGUCAGUGUUCUGACCGUCGCAGAUGCUGAAAGUAACUUUUUAAGCCACCCACUUCUAAAAGGGGAUUUGAUGCAACUUUCAUUGGGUUGGAAAUCUGAGACCAUCGGGUUCAUGCUAGCCAAUAGAGUACAGUUUUCUAGCAAGUUCAGGAAUACACUCGCUGAUCUUGUCUAUUUCAUCCAUGGAAAUAUGUUGGAAAAUAAACUUCCCCUGGCAGAUGUCGAUGUAAUCUUUUACACUACGGUGAGGUUAGAAGACGACACUAGAACAUCUACUGCCCUCUUUAAGUCAUUGGUUCUCACUAAUACACACAUUGGCCUUCUCAGGGAAGAUGUUGUAUUUUAUCCUAUUCCUAGAGGUGUUUACACCUUACCAACAAGGUCACAAUUUGACAAGAUUGACCUUUUCAGGCUCACUGACUUAAGAAGAGUGUUUGUGUAUGACCAUGGUUGUUUUCACAAAAUCGACCUCUUAUUUACCAAAAUAAGUGCAAAAGAGUCUAACACUGAAAUGGGUUGUAAAGAACAUGCUUCAAAAUGGAAAACAAAGGAUCAGAAAAUCAUUCCAUUUCCACAUCCAGAAGAAGGAAAUAUAUCAACAGAAAUUUUGAAAUUAGCUUUUGGUGCAAAGGAAGAAGCUGCUGCGUUAAUUAGGCAUUUAUCUAGAAUUUAGUCUAAGUUAAAGAACAUUGCCAGAAUCAAAUAAAAACACAUUGAAUUAAGUUUG